CACACUUCACCUUUAAUAGUUGAAAAAAAAAAACGAUUAAAACAUUCCUCUUAAAGAACUAAGGUAUUUUAACUCUCGUUGAAAAAUGUUUAUUGUGGCGGUAACAGGUGGCAUUGCCUCUGGAAAGAGCACCGUCAGCAAAGUAUUCGAGCGACAGGGCAUUCCAGUAAUCGACGCCGAUAAAAUCGCCAGAGAGAUUGUAGAACCAGGUCAGCCGUGCUGGCAGCAAAUACGGGAGAUUUUCGGAGAUGAGGUCUUGCUGCCCAGCAAGGAGAUUAACCGCGCCGUCCUGGGGAAGAUGAUCUUCGAGGACAAGGAGCUGCGCGGAAAGCUGAACAAGAUCACCCAUCCGACCAUUCACCGCAAGAUUUUCUGGCAAGUGUGCAAACUGCUGGUAACGGGGCACGCUUGGAUCGUUCUAGACCUGCCACUUCUAUUUGAAACUGGAAUCCUGAUGGACUUCAUACACAAAAUCAUCUGUGUAACCUGUGACUCUGACAAACAGCUGGAGCGAUUAAUAGCCCGCAAUGAACUCUCCGAACCCGAGGCGCGGCAUCGCGUCGAGGCGCAGAUGCCCCUGGACAAGAAGUGCGAGAAGUCUCACUUCGUCAUCGACAAUAAUGGCAGCGUGGAGGAAGCGGAAAGCUCGGCGAUGAGCAUUUACAACUUGAUGCGCGAAUCCAAGCAGCACUGGCUGAACCGCAUAAGCUUCCUGGGUCUCUUUUUAAUCGUCGGCUUUACAAUAUAUCUGCUGCUAAAGAUAUUUAACCGGGUACCCAGCUCGUGGCAGAUGUAGACCGUUCAAACGGGUGCCAUAUUAUUCUUACGUGUUAAAGCAAUUGAAACCAAACCAAUUAUACAAUUUAAACGCUUGCUAGUGAAAUAUAAAAAAGUCACUUA